AUGUCUUGUGGAAACGCUAAAAUUGGACAACAAGCUCCACAAUUUACUGCAACUGCCGUUGUUGAUGGUGAAUUUAAAACUGUUUCACUUUCUGAUUACAAAGGAAAAUAUGUUGUUCUUUUCUUUUAUCCUCUUGAUUUUACCUUUGUUUGUCCAACAGAAAUUAUUGCAUUUUCUGAUCGUGUCAAUGAAUUCAAAGCUAUUGGAGUUGAAGUUUUAGCUUGUUCUACUGACUCACAUUUUUCACAUCUCGCUUGGGUUGAAACACCAAGAAAAAAAGGUGGUCUUGGAGAGAUGCAAAUUCCUAUUCUUGCUGAUACUAAUCAUAAAAUUUCACAUGAUUAUGGAGUUUUAAUUGAAUCUGAAGGAAUUGCUUUCCGUGGUCUUUUUAUUAUUGAUCCAAAACAAGUCCUACGCCAAAUAACUGUUAAUGAUCUUCCAGUUGGACGUAGUGUUGAUGAAACACUUCGCCUUGUUCAAGCAUUCCAAUUUACUGAUGUCCAUGGAGAAGUUUGCCCAGCUGGUUGGACACCAGGCAAGGACACUAUCAAACCAGGUGUCAAAGAAUCAAAAGAAUAUUUUGGAAAACACUAA